GCAUUUUACAACAUUUCUGGAAAGGAGUAAUCAAUGAUUAUAAAAGGACCCAGCUGAAAAGAUUCGCGUAUAAAAUUAUUUACUAUGAAACACCCGGACGAAUCCCAGAAGAGCAUCAAAAGUCGGAUCUUUGUGGCAUCUGUCGCAAAGAAUUACUUCCACAACUAAUAGAGCAUAUCACCAUAUUAACUUGUGGGCACCUUUUCCACUGGCAGUGCCUUGAACGCAUCUCUCCUGAACCAUGUUGCCCAUUUUGUUCAGAAGAACAAGGAUCUACAAAAAAACGUACCAUUGAUAAUUCUGAUGAGCGCUACGAAUAUGACGAUCACGACAAUGAUUAUUAUAACCCCUUGGCUUUGAUCACGGAUAACAAUAAUCACCAUAAUGAUAGUGAUGACAUUUCUGCUCCUGAAAUUCAAGAAGGUCGUCUCAAUGAUGAUGGACAAAGAGCUCAUCCUGCCGUUCCCGUUGACAACAAUCACCAUGAAAAUACAAAUAAUCAUCACGAAGGUGAUGAACAUAACCAUGACCAUAAUCAUGAAGGUUUUGGUUCAGGCCUUGGUCCUCGUCUUCGUCGUCGGCGUGUUCGCGAUAGUAGUUAUCAUCCACGCGUAGCUAAGGUAAUUAAAAAAAUUCACCAUCGUAAUGAGUCAACAAUUUCAGCAGGUCCAGCUGAACAAGCGGAGACGAACCAGAUUAUUACGCUAGAUCAAUCGAAUUCUAAUACUUCUAAUUCCCAAACUCGAUCAAGAAGAUAUUCGUCAAGUCCACCGUCUUCACGUGAGCAGAAUAUGUUGCAGGGGUUGAUACGAGAAUUGUUCACGCCUAUCAAUGAGGAAACCAACGGUAAUAAUGAUGCUGGAGAAGAAUUUGAGGGUUCAAUACCAUUAACUAUUAGUGCAGGCGUUAAACAAUCUGCAAUAUAG